GCCGAGGUCUCCAGACCAGAACUGGAGAGGAUGUUCAGGGAUCCCUGCCCAGCCAGUGGGGGAAGCACCUGCCUCCCACGUGUUGUAACCUAAUCAGAGCUGGGACUUCCUCCGCCCCUCCUGCUGGCCUUUGGAGGAAAGUGAAAGUGAAAGGGGGAAGAGAAGUCUUCGGCACUGAGAAGAUCGCGGCGCCAUGAAGCCUCUGUCCCUGCUCCUCGCUGUGGCUUUGGGCUUGGGGACCGCUGUCUCGGCGGGACCCGCGGUGAUAGAGUGUUGGUUGGUGGAGGAUGCGGGCAGGGGCCAGCUAACCAAGAAACCCGCUGCACUGCUGCUGCGCCAGGGCGCGGAGAGCCUACUUCCCCGGCCAGACCUCGACCCAGAGCUCUACCUGAAAGUGCAUGAUCCUGCGGGUGCCCUCCUGGCGGCCUUCAGGGGGUACCCCCGGGACGCCCCCGCGCCACGCUGCGAGAUGAGCCGAUACGUCCCGUUCCCUGCCUCAGCAAACUGGGUCAGCGUCUUGACUCCGGAGCAGAGCUGCCCGCGGGCCCUGGACGGGACUUGGCUCAUGGUCAGCAUAUCCAGCCCGGUCCUCAGCCUCUCCAGCCUCCUUCGACGAGAGUCCGAGCCUCAGCCUGAGCCUGCUCUCAUAACCAUUGCUACAGCUGUGCUGACUGUCCUCACUCACACCCCCAUCCCUCGCAUCCGACUGGGAGAAGAUGCCCUGCUGGACUUGAGCUUUGCUUACAUGUCCCCCACCCCCAAGGCUGCUACAUGUCUGGCCCCAGGUCCCCCUCCCUUUGGGCUGGAGUGGCGACGGCAACACCAGGGUAAGGGGCACCUGCUGCUGGCUGCAACUCCUGGGCUGAAUGUGCAAAUGCCAGUUGCCCAAGAGGGAGCGGUGGCAUUUGCUGCUUGGGAUGAUGAGGAGCCCUUAGGUCCAUGGACCGGAAAUGGAACCUUCUGGCUGCCUGCAGUGCGGCCCUUCCAGGAGGGCACCUAUCUGGCCAUUGUACACCUGCCAUACCUGCAAGGGCAGAUCACCCUGGAGCUUGCUGUGCAGAAGCCCCCCACGGUGUCCCUGACACCAGCACCUCUUGUAUGGGCCGCCCCUGGGGAGGCACCCCCAGAGUUGCUUUGCCUGGUGUCCCACUUCUACCCCUCUGACAGCCUGAAGGUGGAGUGGGAGCUCCGGGGAGGUCCAGAGGGCAGCUUUCAGAAGGCCGAGGGGCAGAGGUGGCUGUCCGCCCUGCGCUACCACUCAGAUGGCUCUGUCAGUCUCUCUGCACACCUGCAGCCACCCCCAGUCACCACCAGGCAGCAUGGGGCACGCUAUGCCUGUCGUGUCCACCACCCUAGCCUGCCAGCCUUGGGGCGCAGCGCCGAGGUCACCCUGCAGGUGGCAGGUCUCUCUGGGCCCUCUCUGGAGGAUGGCGUAGGCCUCUUCCUGUCUGCCUUUCUCAUCCUCGGGCUUGUCAAGGCGCUGGGCUGGGCUGCUGCCUACCAGGCCACCUCCAAGGAUUCAACAGAGAAGAAAACACAGUGAGGCCACUCGCCACCAUCCUGGGGAAGCCACGAUCAUCUCUGGUCUGAGCUAUUGUAGUAACUCUCCCAAAUUGUACACCCUGAUCCCUUCAGUCUCUUUCCACUGAGCAGCCAGAAUGUUUUCUUAAAAGACACAAAUCCACGGUAUUCACCUUCUUAGAGCUCUAGAGCAGCGGUUCUCAAAAUUUUUGGUCUUAGGACCUUUUAAAAAUUAUCAAGGACUCUAUAGAGCUUUUCUUGUGUGGGUUAUAAACUAUAGACAUUUAUUGUAUUAGAACUUAAAAUUGAGAACAAUUUAAUACACAGGAGUACACAAGCACACUUCCAUUAGCUGUGAGGACAAUGUCACUACACACCAUGUAGCUUCAGGAAAACUCUACAUUUUUUAGAGAAUGAGAGCGAAGAGGCAAAUAAUAGUUUAGUAUUGUUAUGAAAAUAGUUUAAAUACCCCCCUGAAAUAGUCUCAGGGACCUCUGGAAUAGGACCCGGUGCUCUAGAGGCCAGAUCCAUUCUUCUUGUCCUGGCCUAUGCAUCCCUCUUCAAGCCCACCUGGUGCUCUCCAGCCCUCCUCUCAAUGCUUGUCCCACCGGCGGCUGAUCCUUUCCUCCAAUGGCCUCCUAUCCUCCCUGGGUCCCAGAGCUCUGUUCCCUCGGCCUGGUCCACCCUCGCCCUCCCCGGGCUCCAGACCAGGUCAACCUCGUUAUUCCCUCAGACCGCCGCGUGUCCCUCUUGUGCGGUUCGCCACGGUUGUAUUUAAGUAAUCGUUCGAGUCGUUGUUAAAUGCCUGUCUCCCCGCCCGGACUGUCGGACCUCUCCAAGGCCAGGAUGAGCCUGUCUGUCCACUGCUGUGUCCUCCGCGCAGGCAAAGGGCCUGGCGCCCACUGGAGGACGCUCAAUAUAAGAAAUUGGAGUCUUUUGGCGUCCUAAGUAUUCAAAAUCAGGUGUUGGAGCAAGUAACUAUUGGAGGAAGGAAGCGGUCGCCUCGGCUUAGGGACCUCAGGGGGGGUUGAAUGGUCGGCAAAACAGACGCGGGGAGCGGGUCUAAUCUUGUGGGAAAUAAAGUUGCUCGAGUGCUUCCAA